GCCCACUACUGACUAGACCCUAAGCCAUCCUCUUCUCCACUUCCCCAUCCCUCCUUGCUCGUGGAAAAAACUCGACGCGCUCAUGGCGGCGGCGGCGGACUUCGCGCAGAGCAAGCAGGCGAUGUCAUACGCGCUAUGCAAGCACCUAAAUCGUGAUCCGAGCGACAUAUCCAGUACAAUUAUCAAGGAGAGUGAUAUUGCAAGCCUGUUCUCACAUAUUGUGAACCCAUCGCAGGAUGAGGUAAAGAAGUGGGUUGAAUUUUCCAGCAAUUUUGUUCAAAGUGACGGAGAACAGCAUGUGUUGCUUGGUAACUUAAACCAACAUUUGUCCCAGAUGUCGGUACUAUUGGCCGGUGGAUUUAAACCAUCAGUUGCAGACAUUGUUGUGUUUGCCACUGUACAUGUUUUCAUGUGCCAUCUUAGUGACAGUGAGUUGCAGAAAUGCCCCCAUAUAUUGCGGUGGAUGGACUAUAUUCAGAAUGCCGUUGAUUUUGGUACGACGGUGCAAAAGAUAAAUGUGACCAAAUCUGUCUUCAAUCCACCUUCUCAUCCAAAGAAAGCUGAAAAAGGAGAUGUUGAUCCCAGUUGCAAGAAAGUUCUAUCAGGUCAGAAGAUCACGGAGAAGUCAGAUGGAACUGCCGACUCCAAAAAGGCUGCAGUGGAGAAUAAAGUUCCUGGGGAUCAAGCAAAUCCUACUUCCGCCAAAAACAACAAACCUUCGGGGGAUAAAAAGAAAGCCCAAGAAAAGACUGCAGGAAAAGCAACAGAGGCAGCUCCACAGAAAAGUGCAGAAAAGGAUUCAGAGUGCAGUGUAAGUAUCCUGAAUAUACAGGUUGGCGUUAUCCGCAAAGCAUGGAAGCACCCAUCAGCUGACAGUCUUCUGGUGGAGGAGAUAGAUUUGGGAGAUGGCAAUGUGCGUCAAGUUGUUAGUGGUCUUGCUAAGUUCUUCAACCCAGAUGAUCUUGUUAAUCGGCACGUUGUCUUGAUCACAAAUGUGAAGCCUGGGAAGCUGCGGGAUGUAAUGUCUGCAGGAUUGGUCCUGUGUGCUUCAAAUAAAGACCAUACAAUUGUGGAGCCUUUGAUUCCUCCAGAAGGAGCCAAGCUUGGUGAACGCAUUUCAUUUGCUGGGUUUGACGGGAAGCCAGAAGAUGUUCUAAAUCCAAAGAAAAAACAGCUGGACAAGAUCACGCCGCAUCUCCGUACUGAUGAGAAUGGCAUUGCAACAUUCCGAGGGAUACCGUUCAUUACAUCGGCUGGUCCAUGUCGAUCUUCAGUUCCUAAUGCGGAUGUUAAGUGAGCAACUCAUUAAACAUACUGACAUCAAACAUUGAUGUGCUUAAAGCACAUGCUAGGUGGCUGUACCAUUUUAUCUUAACAUCUUAUUAUGCCCAUAUCAAAUGUUACUAAAUGGCACGGAGUUGUCCAUCCAUCGAGUCUUAAUAUCAGAAAGCAAAUUUUGACUCAUCUA